AUGUACGCAGCUGUCAAGGCUGCAAUCGUAUGCAAAAAUUACUCGGGCAGCGAGAACUACGGUGCUGGUCGAAAGUAUCAAGUUAUAAAAUAAACCCCACCCUUCCGCCUUCGUACAUAAAAGAGCUUAAUGCGUUGGGAGUUUCUCGCGGCACAGGAGAUCCGAAUUACCACUGGGGGAAAGCGAGCGACAGAGGCCAGCCGCAAAGCGUGAGGAAACCUAGCCAGAUGUGCAGGGUAUAAAUAAUUACUAUUAAUAUUGUUAUUACUAUAUACCCUCUGAGUCGAGCGGCAUUAACUCUCGGGUGAAAACAUGCCUACCGGGAGCCCUGGCCGCCGGCGAAGCGCUUCUUUUCCGCCCCACCCCGUCUGGCCCUCUCAGGCGGGGGAGCGCAGAACUCGGACUCGGGCCCCUUCGGUUGGCCUCCUCACCCUCACGGCAGAGAGAGAGAGAGGAAAACAACCACCACCACCCCAGGCAACAGCCACAACUGGGCCUGGAUACAUUAGUCCAUUAUUAUUAUUAUUAUUAUUAUUAUUAUUUAUACCCCACUCUGGACGGCUUCCCACAGAAUAGUAAAAACACGAUGAAACAUCAAACAUUAAAAACUUCCGAUCUGACUAUUCUCUCCCCCCCACACACACAUCCACCGUUGCCGGCCAUUUUGUCCGCCUUGGCGAGGCGCGCGUCGCUCUCCCGAUGACGCGCCACGUCGCGCGCGACGACGCUCCCCUCCGGCUUCGCCCGCCUCCCUUUUCCCUCCCCCACCGGCCGCGCGCUGCGCGUGGCACAUGCGCAGUGCGCGGCGUGGUCGGCCGAGCCGGGUGUAUGUGUGUGUGUGUGUGGAGGGAGGGAAGGAAGGAGGGGAGUCGGCGUCGUUCGGCGUCGCGGCGGCAGCGGGCGAGGCGAGACAAAGCGGCCGGGGAGGCGGGCCCGCGUCGAGUCGCUCCGCGCGGGAGAAAGACGAGGUGAGCGAAGGGAAGGGUCCGGCGCUCCGUAGGUAGACAUAGAUAUAUAUAUAUAUGUGUGUGAGGGAAAGCGAAGCGCCUGUCUCCUCAGCCUCCCCACCCCCAACCCCGCGCGGACUCCUUUCGGCCGGCGAGGGACGCCUCCUGGCCCGUCGGAAUCCUUCCGCUGGGACCAGGCCCACCACCUCAGGAGAGAGACACGGCGCGAGGGGGGGGGGCGCCUUUCAGAGGCCGACAUCCCCCCUUCCAAAUAAGCGUGCGCCGGCCUUAUUGUCUGUGAGGAGAGCCUGAGGGGAAGAGAGAGAGAAACUCCAUUCACACACUUAAUUCAUUCCUGGGCCUUGAGGAACAACCCCCCCCCUCCCAGCAGCAACGCCUUAUGUCCUCCCACUCGUCUCCCCCCCCCUCCAGUGCCGGAUGAGAAAGGGCUUCUCUCUCCACCCCACCCCCCCUCCAGAAGGUGCUGGGCCGCCGCGCGUCCCUUCCUGGAGCGUGGCUUUGUCUGCCCCUCGGUUCGGUUCCUUUCUCAAACCUUUCCCAACCCCCCCCCCCCAGCAACCACCACCACCACCCGCUUUGAGUUCUCUUUCCCCUGGGAAACGCCCGUGGAGUAUGUCACACCCCCCCACCCCAAAUUUUAUCAGUUUGAUCCAUAGGGGUCUUCGGCCUCCCCACGAUAAAAUAUUUCAGACAGACAGACACACACAGACACCCAAGUUGAUGGGCAUUGCCAUUCAAAUGGAUCCAUAGGGGUCUUCGGUUUCCCCACAAAAAAAUCCUUCAGACACACACCCACACCCAAGUUGAUGGGCAUUGCCAUUCAAAUGCCAUUCAAGUUGAUCCAUGGAAUCAAUUCAUUUUUUAAUGCUUUUCAGGUUUACACGUUUCCCUAAUUUUACCGUCAUUUUAACAUUUCAAAGCUUGGCUUCCCUCCCCCUCUUUCUGCUGUUGCUUAAAUUUAUUAUUCAUGGCUUCUGCAGAUCCAAAUGAACUUAAUUUGCUCAUUUGUUCAUCUACUUUAAAUAUAUACUCAGAUCCAUGGGAUCAAUUACUUGAGGUGGGGCUUACCUGGCUGCCCCCCUCCCCCAAUAUUUUAUUCAAUUUGGCACGCACACACUGAACCAAUGCAGUAGUCCUCUUAGCUAUGUUUUUUUCCUUUGGGGGGGGUGUCCCAGACACACACUUCAUGGGUGGUCCCAGAGUGCUCUUCCUCCACCCUCCACUUACUGGAAGAGGAGGUAGAUGGGCUGGCAACACACCUUUUCUGACAGCAAGCUUUGCUCCCCCCUUGCCCAUUUUGCAAGCAGUUUCUCUCUCCCCCCCCCCCCAGUGACAAAUGAGGGACCCUUGUGCAGAGUCUAACAGCAAAAGGUGCUAAGCUCUAUUGGGCUAAUCCUCUUAGCUUCCCAGGCAGAGGGGGAGGCACUUCCAGGGAUUGUUUCUACCAUAGGGAUGGGAAAUUUAAGGCCACUUCCAGCUCUCCAGCAAAUAUAUGUGCAUCUGUGCAGUUAUCACAGACCUAGAGCAUUCAGCCUGUGGGGUUGUGGUUUGAUACUGAUUUCUUAAGGUCUUCACAAGUGUUGGUUAAGGGACUCUGUAAUUUAUUAAAUCACCCUGAUGCAGAGUAAUCAGAGUGUUAAUAGCCAUUCUGACCUUACAAUUCAAUCCAUGGCAUCUCCAGUUACAAGUAUCUCAGAUAUCAGGGGUGGGAGAGACCUCUGCUUGAGACCUUGGAGAGUGGCUGCUUGUCAACAUAGGCAGGAUCAAUGGACUGAAUUAGGGAUCAAUGAUCUGGCAGCAUUACACAACUUUUUAAUGCAUGCACAUGCACACUAAGGGACAAUUCAUCCCCCACUUCAGCCCUCACAUGGAGGUAGUCAUAGACCACUUCCCAAUGGCAGCACCAUGGUUUAAACUUUUAUUAUAUGUCAUCCCAAAUGCGUGAGGUUUCUUCAUGCAACAUCUUGCAUCCCAUACAACCAACUAACAAUUGCUUGGAGUUGUGUAUGUUUCAGCCAGAUCGUGGACUAGGGAACAUUUUAAAUAUUUGUUUGCUGUUUGGAGAGUCAUAACAAGAAAGUGUUUUUUGCAGCCUUCAUGUUUCAUUUAAACUUGCCCUAGGAGAACUUGAGUAGGUGAGGGAAUCUUAUAGAUCCAGCUUGUGUUAAAAAACAACAACAACACUGCUGGAAGAAAAAAUUCUUUGCUUACUAAUUUCUUUCUUUCUAAAGUUGUUGGUCUUAGGGAUUCAAAACAAAAAUCUCUAACAAUAGCAGUUGUGUUUGGUUUGAUUUCAAUCUACUGGUAGAGUUUAGCCUCGUAAUAAACCUCCCAGACUUGAGUCUAUGGUCUAGAAGUCAGGUUCAACUUGUUUCCUGAUCAAGCUGUGGAACUGCUUAAUCAUUUGGCUUGAUAAAUAGACUAGUAUAAACUGUCCCUCAAACUGAAUUAUUUAUUGUGGUGGGAGGACCUUGGUAUUUUGAACUACAAACUAUUUUCUAUUUUAAUCAUAAAUUAAAAUAAAGGAGGAAUAACCUGAUUGUUCUCCUUUUCCUUUCUUAUAUGCCAGAUCACUGCACUUUUGCACAGGAUGCAAAGUUUGCAAGCUUGAUUUGCUUUGUAUAAUGUGUGUGAAGCAUUAAAGUCUCGUUUCUUUCCAUCUCAUAAAUGAUACUUCAGUGCCUGUGUUUCUAAUGUCUGUAUUAUGCAGAUAUCGUGCUUUUGAAUGCAUAUCUAAUAGGCAAGUAUUACAGCUCUUUUAAGUGAUUUAGAAAGCUGUCCAGUGCUAUUUGUUAAGGAAAAAAGUAUAAUGGCUCAUAUACUGGGACCUCCCAUCAAUCCCAGCCAGCAUCAGUGAUUGGCCGUGGAGAUGGAAGCUGUAGUCCAACAACAUCUGGUGGCUCCUUCCUCUAAUAUCAUAAGCAGAACCAUAGAAGUCUGAAAAGCUGUCUUAUGUAGGCAAACUAAGGCCCGGGGGCCGGAUUCGGCCCAAUCGCCUUCUAAAUCCGGCCCACAGACCGUCUGGGAAUUGGCGUGUUUUUACAUGAGUAGAAUGUGUGCUUUUAUUUAAAACACAUCUCUGGGUUAUUUGUGGGGCAUAGAAAUGUGUUCAUUCCCCCCCCCCCAUAUAGUCUGCCCCCCCCCCACAAGGUCUGAGGGACAGUGGACCGGCCACCUGCUGAAAAAGUUUGCUGACCCCUGUAGUAGGAGCUGCAAUUGAAAUAUGGCUUCCUUGUGAGUAGUCCUGGUGAGAAGCUGGAAUUCUGUCCUGUGGCUCAUCAGUGUAUAUGCAUCCUGUGUGAACGCUUUCUUGAAUUUUUUAGCUUUUGUAAUACAUGAAAUAUACAAAUACAAGUAUAAAAAUAAUUAUAAUAUUCUUUGCUUCCAUUUAAGAGUACAUAGAAUUGUAGCCUAAAUUUGAAACGUGAAACUAGUUAAUUGUAACUAAAUCAAGUCCCAUUUUUAGCAUCCCCCCCCCCCAGAAGUAAAUCUCAUUUUGUUCAAUGGAGCUUCCUUGCAAAUAACUGUGAAAAGAAUUGUAAUCUUAGCUUGACUGGUAGAGCAUAAGAGCCCUUAAUUUCAGGGUUGUGGGUUCAAACCCCACAUUGUGGGAAAGAUUCCUGCUUUGCAGGGGGAUAAACUAGAUGACCCAUUUGCCCCUUCCAGCUCUACAAUUCUAUGAUUCUGUGACUCCAGCUGGAUGGGGUCCAUGUUAGCAAUUUCAGAAUAAUUACCACUACUGCCUCAGGUUUUCGAUUCGGAAUAAUCAAAACAGACCUCUUUUCCACCCUGAGUAACAGCAUACUAGGGUGUUGAGGAGUAACCACCCAGAUUAGAGUUGCAUAUAGUUAGCAAUUUGUUAACAUUUUCGAAAUAACAUUUUCGAAAUAGGAACUUCAGCGGAUUAUCCAUGUACUUAGGUCAGCCUUGUAUGUAACAACUUGUCUUGUAGCCCUAGAUGACCAGGAAUUCAGUGCAAACAAGUUCAUGUGGGCUGACAGAGGAGGAACAGAUCAUUUCAUCCAUCCCCUUUUCACCUUCCUUCUAAACCAACAUGGAAAUCCAGCUGGCUGGAGAGGACAGCUGGAUCAUUGUCCUUUUUUCACCAGUUCCCUUGGCAGAAGGCUUUUUUUGCUAAUCGGCUAAGAGGCUAGUGUUUCCAUAUUGGUUGUUGCUUUGUAGCCAGCACAGAAACAGGUUAGUCAUUUAAUAUUUAUUAAUUAAUUUGCAGUGUAAUAGCACAAUCCUGUCCAUGUCUAGUCAGAAAUAAGUCACUUUUGAGUUCAAUAGGCCUUACGUCUAGGUAAACUUAUAUAAACUUAUUAUAUAGGAUUGCACCCUAACAUUUGUGUACUAAUUUGCAAGGCUGACAUAUGUUGAUAGAAAAAGUCAUAGUUGUAAACAACUAAAAGCCCCUUCAUCCAUUGCCUCAUGGACUUAUACUAAAACCCUGGGUAAUGUUAUAUCUGUGGUGGGCUUAGACACUCUCCUUUAAUUUACAGAGACCACAGACUGAAAAAAGUGUUGAUUAAAAAAUAAUAAUUUUGCAUUGUUAUAUUUUACACCUAUUUUAGCACCAUCAUCUCAUCUCCUCAAAUUUCAUUAUUUUAAUCUUCCAGUAGUUUCUAGAUUUUGCCUGUUAAAAGAAGAAUAUUUAUUUACAUCCCUGUAAUUUUUGCAGAACUGGAUAGUGUAGCCCACUUCUUCUUCUUUGGUGAUCACUCACAGCUGAGUAAGAUUGUUCUCCAUAAAUACGGUUUUACCAGUGAGUCCUUAAGUGACUGUGGAGGCCAAUUCUGGAUCCACACGUCCUUCCACAGUGGGGACAUAGGUUUCCGGGUGGGAGUUGGUCACAAUGAGGGUUUGCCAAGCGUGCCUUCCUCUUAGCACAUUUCUCCCUUGCGUCCUGAGUUUGAGUGUUCUCAAAGUCCACGACACCUUUGGUAAAGGCUGUUCUCCAAUUGGAGCGCUUGCAGGCCAGUGUUUCCCAGUUGUCGGUGUUUGUACUACAUUUGUUAAGAUUUGCCUUGAGAGAGUCUUUGAACCACGCCCAAAGUAGUUUUAUGGGUUGCUUUUCAGAUAGGCUUUGGAUAUACUUGUGCUUGAAAUUUGGAAGUGCAAUAUUUGUUGAUAACAAAAAUAUCCUGACCAGUUUAGAAACGAUGAACUAUGGGAUGACAUAUAGCCUCCAGUAUAUAUGCUCUUUUUCUGUCCAUCUUUACAAUCAAUCAAUCAAUCAAUCAAUGCAUGCUGGAACAGUCUCUGGUUUCCAGUUGUGUACCUGUUUCCAUUCUGGAUCUAUGCAGCUUCAUGCUUCAUUAUGUAAAUUUAUAAAUGAUCUUUUAAAUUUCAUAUUGUCACAAAACAGGACAGUUGUUGUGUGCUGUUCUAAGAUCUUGCUCACAUACGAUAUUUGUCUGAUAUCCAACAUUAGUCAUAUUUGGAGUAAUCUCAUUUGAAUCAAUACAUUUUAAGUAACUUGACAUGGCAGUGGUGAAGGAUGCAUAUUAAAAGUUACAAAAAUAAGAUGUGAGUAAGGUUUGAUGCAUUAGAAGUGACUGUAUGCAGAAAAGUGGGUAUCUUUUAUACACUUAGGUCAAAAACAAAGGGCAUAGACUUAGGUCUCUCUUCUUUUCUUUCUCCCUCUGCCCUUCCCCUCCAGAUCCGGAGAUUGUCUCUGAAAUGAAGCCAGGGGAAGACAAUAGGCCAAAUAGGUGAGUGCCCUGUCAACCAUAUUUAUUUUCAUUGACUUGCUACAUUUUCCACGUGAAAUUAUUAUUAUUUUUAAAAAAUGUAUCCAGCCUUCCCAUAUGUGCAGCUCUCAAAGUGGAUAAUGCUGAUAAAAACAAAUAAUAAUACAUAGUAUCACUAGAAAUAAAACUUCUAACAGCAUCAUUCAAAUACAAAAGCAGCAAAACCAGAAACAAAUCCCAGUAAGAGAGCCAAUCUGCCUAUCACCACAGAGGACAAAGGCAUGUGGAAAUAAGUGUCUAGUCUGGUUUCUAAAGACAGGGAGGAAGAACAGUGGCUGGAUAUUCUGAGGCGAAGAAUUUCAUAAACUAGGUGUCAUAACUGUGGGUGCUUUUCUUAUGUAUCCACCUGCUCUUCUUCAAGAAAUAGUGGGAAAUAGAGCAGGGGCUCUAAAGAAUGUGGGUGGGUUCGUGGGGGAGAGAUGGUCUUAAAAUAUCCACUGCCUAAAGUAUUUUUAAAAAUCAACGCCAGCAUUUUAAAAUGGACUUGAGCAGAUUGACAUCAAGUGAAGAAUGAUGUAAUCAAAGCAUUGAGUUGCUAGCAGGCUGCUUUAAAUCCUUUUGUCAAAUUUUCCAUGAAAGUUAAUUAUCUGAAUAAUUCAGCAUGUUUCUUUUUGGUGUGCUACUUUGAUGUCCAACUAUAUUAGGUGAUUUCUAAAUGCUUCACCAUUUCAGUUGGAGCUUCUUUCUUAACUUGAAGGUAGUUAAAUUGCUCAGUUUUUGAAUUAAAAUAAUUGCUAAUAAUCUGAGUGAUACAUAGUUCAGACGCUGCAAUCAACCAUGGCUUGUUGUGAGGAGAGAGUGCAUUACAGUAGACCUCUGUGUUCCCUUCUUCCUUUACCUGUACCAGGGGGGUGGGGUAUUUUAAUACUUCAGGUGCAGUUUGCAAAACAAACCACAUUUUCAUGUUUUGUUCAAUUAUGGGAAAUUAGUUUGUGCUCAGAUGAAACUGGAAGUUUCAUAGUUUUGAACCUCAUUCACUGCACAUGAAGGAAGAGGUUUGUCAUUAGGUCUGAAUUGGGUCUUACUAUCAUUCCUAAGAGAAUGAUGCCUGGAUUAAAAAAAAAAUCAUUAAACCUACUCAAAAGUAGUUAAUGCAGAAUAAUGAGGAAAAUAUAAAAUGAGUGUUAUUUGUCUUUGUACAGGGUUUCAGAGAAUGCGGACAUCUUUCUUCAAUAA